GAGACACAGAUCAUGAGCAUGGGAUUGGAGGCUGGAAAAGGGAAAUGGCAUGGAUCAGUUGGAGGCAUCGUGGGUGCACCCAUAGACAAAGUCUGGACCGUGGUUUCUCAAAGUAAAAAGCUAACAGAAUGGAUGCCAAUGGUCGAAGAAUGCACAGACGUAGCAGGGGAAGAGGGCAUGCCCGGCUAUGUUCGGCUAGUCUCUGGUUUCAUGUUCCCUCAGCAAGAUGGAGAAAGGUCAUGGAUCAAGGAGAGGCUGGUUUCCAUGGAUUCAUCAUCUCGUUGUUAUGCUUAUAGAAUGGAAGCAAGCAAUGUGGGUUUAGAUGGGUCUAUAAAUUCAUUAAAACUUGUAGAUUAUGGGGAUAAUUCCACAUUAGUGGACUGGUCAUUUGAGUUAAACCCUUUAGAAGGCGCAUGUGAGGACAGCCUUAUUGAUUAUCUAGGAUACCUCUAUAAAUCUUGCAUUAAUAGAAUUGAGGGUGCUAUUGAAUUAGCAACUGCAUCCAAACCAGAUUGA